AAUCUCAGCUGAAUUUUGCAUAAACAAGUACUUAAGGUGAACAUUAAAGAAAACAUGAUAUUCAUUCCAACCACCUCAACCAUGCGUUAGAAGCUCCGCUUCCAGCCCUCACUGUCUGGUCAAAGUAUUAAGAAGUCAUCAAGACAAUAUCCAUCUGCGGUGCAGUGUUAAGUAAAGCUGCAAUUGAGCCACUAAUACAAAGUAGAGAUGAACCACUCAUGUAUAUUGAAAAAAGAGUGGCUUAUCAGAAAUGUGUUGAGCUUAAUUUUGUUCGGAGAUAAAUGAAAGAACAUCUGCCCUAUAUAUACAAAAAUGAAAAAUAGCAUAUGCCAGGAAUUUACAUAACUUGAGCAUGGAAACUUCUAGGAGACGAUGGCUGAACUACUGCUGAUUUUCAUCCUGAGGAGUUUGUGGGGGCACAGAAUUUUGGUCCCGGUUCCCUCCAGAGCGUGGUUUUCUGAAAUAUUUUGCAAUGAAUUCUUCAGCAAGAUCAGGAUACUUUCCCUUGACAAAGUUGUCCAGACACUUUCGGUAGGAAAAAUCUUCCUUGAAACCAUCGGUUGUGACCACAUACAAGCACCUGCUUUCUGGAAAAUUCACAUGCUUGCUUAUCUGUCACAUUGAGUUCAGGUUUAUCAUUGGAUUAAUAAACAGACAACACAUUA